CUCAACUAAUGAGAUACAAAGGAAACGUUGGAGCAACAUGGCGGACAUUCAGACGGCGGCGGUAGAUUUCGGAUUUUACUCUACGGUUAUUAACUUCAUAUUUUAGUGACACGGUGGGGAAAUCAACUUUAACCAUAAUGUUGUGGUUUGAAAUUAUAAAGGAAUAGCUAUGAGUGGAAGGAGAAAGCACUGUGCCUCUCCAAGUCGCCCUCGGUUAGACGAACGUGAAACACAGCGGAUGUCCAUGCUUUCUCAAAAUAAAGCAAAAAGCAACAAGUUGAGCAGGUCUCUGAGACAAACACAGCAGUCACCCUCCCUCGAAUCGUCAUAUAACUAUAAAAACGAUGGUAAAGUUACUUCUUGUCCCUCGUCAGAAUGGAAGACUCCGAAAAGACGCACACAAAUUAGGCUUAACGGUUUGAACAGUGCAGACUCUCCGAAUCAUGACAUAGAGGAUAUCAUAUGGGAUGCCACCUCACCUACACCUGUCCGAAAAGGUAAAGGGGCUGCUAAAGCAUCCCGAAAGGCUGUGGACAUUUCAGAAAUCGUCAGUCGGAUAGCUCCUGCGGGUGAGAGGCCAAGCGCUUCUGGAUGUAAAUUACUGCAGUGGAUUGGUGACAGUGCUAUUCCAUGUACUCCUGAGGUCAAGCACCAGCGGACCCGGAAGAAAUCCACAAGGCAGAAUGGUGUGGAGGACCUUAUGAAGCUGGCCAAGCAGUUUGACAUUAAUAUGAUUCAGCAAGAAAAGGAGCAGGCAAAAGAGGGGGACCUGCGGGCCGCGGAGACGGACGUGGGUGAGGCUGGGACUCCGAGAGACUGUGAGAUCGACCCACCCAUCAUGCUGAGUAAACUGGGGGGCACCGGGGAGGGGAUGGCCCCCGGGAGCACUAAUGUUGCCCAACAGAUACCUCAGAAGCACGAAGAGCUCAGACUGGAAUCUGAGGACAGCCUGGACGUGAUUUUUGAUAGGUCAACUCAGCCCCUCAGUGAGGGGCUGACCCCGAACACUCCCAUCCAAUCACAGGAGAUGAUGCUGACCCCUCCCAGACCAUCUGUUGAAAAGGCGGUUAAUUCUGUUACCGGUAACCUUCCCUUAACGUCUUCUGAUAAUGCAAACAAGGUUCCCAAGGGGAGCCAGGAUUUCGAUGAUGACUGGGAUGACGAUUUACUCAACGACUCGUUUGUGCUUGAGAUGACACUAAACCCGCCUCAUUCCGUAGCUCCCAGGUACUGCUCGACACAGACAGACCAGAUUGAGAAAAAGGACAACCGGGUUAAAUCGCUCCAGCCAUCCACUGCUGACCGCACUGCAGAGUCUGGCAGGCUGAACUCGGGUGGAGAUGCCAGCAGCUUUGGCUCCACUGUGAUUUUUCCAGUGAAGAAUGUAAAGGUCAGAAAUAGAACAACCUUCAAAUUGGAGGGGAACCCCCAUUUCCAGCCGCAAGGAACAUAUUCUGGAACAUUCCCGAAGGGCCUUUCCGCCGGUGGUGGGGUACCUGAGGUAAAGACACAAAGCAGUUUUUGUCCAAGCCAUGUUUCUGUGGCAACCAGGAACCAAGGUGACAAAAUGACCCAGCACAUUUCUAAUAAGCAGCAAGAGAGGGCACCACUGAGGUCAUUUGGGGUCAGAGAGACCUCGGUGACCUUGAGCAGCUCCCGCCCCCCCAUGCCGUCAGUCCGGGCCAGAGACCGGACCUCGGUAGGCCAAAGCUCCUUGACCUCAGAAAAGCCAGCUAGUAUGGGCCUGGGCUCUGCCCAGGAGGUCACCGAUGAAGAUCUGGAUUCUUUUUUCACGUCCGACUCCCUAUGGGAUGAUACCGAAGAUGAUGACUUGCUGUAUCAAAUCUGUAACGAUGUGGAAAAGACCUCGCAAAGUGCUGGAAUCCCCUCCCUAGCACAUGCUGAACAGUGCCGAGUUAAUCCUAACCCCCUCCUGGGCAGUGAGGAUGGUCAGCUGACCCGAGUCACACAUCGGCAGCCAAAGUCCCCCUGUGCCUUCACCCGUUCCUUCUCAGUACCAGCAAGCAACGCCUAUGUUCCAUUGGCCCCUCCCAUUGCUUCCCACAGCAACCAAUCCCAGGGCAGGGCAGUUGGGUCAGCCUCUAGGAGUCACACCACCUCAAACACGGGUCCUUCAGGCAAUGGGAGCAGGCCGUACAAGUUCACGCAAGUGAGGAGUGUUACGGUGGGAGGUUCGACCCGUGGGCCUGUGGGCGGCGUGCAGGAUGGCGGGGAAAAGACGUGGCCAGCAUCCACGGGAAGCACGGCUGACCCCCCCCGUCCAAGCUCCUUUAAGCGGCACCUGUCUGAGCCCAUAGCCCUCUCCACCAAGGUGUUUGUUUCCAGCCAGGUAGCUGUGAAAUGUACCAAGGAGGAGAUCGAAAGGAAGAAGCAGCAGGCCCUGGCUCGGCGACGGCUGCGGCUGCAGGCCUCUCAGAGGCCUCGGGCCCCGACCUGAGGGGCCCGCUCUCCAGGCCUGCUGUCCUUAUAUUACCCGGGACCUGGAUAUGGACACUAUCAGAGGUCCCCCCUUUAGCUUCCAAAUCAGCACUGGCUUUCAAAGCUGAGUGCUGGUUGUGAAGGGAUGCAUGGUGGCCUCAGGGAACGUGGGAUGAAAUCCCCCGGCUCUUUUAUAGAGGGAGACCGUAACAUUUCAACAAGGAGAGAGACCUAAAAAUGAGCAUUUUCAAGCUUUAAGUAGAGCAGUUAAACAGAGGCGUCCCAGGGUUUUGAAGUUCCUCAGCCAGCGUUGGUGUGAAAUGAAAUAUUGAGUGCAUUUCUGAAGAAGACCAAAUGGCGCCUUCUGUGGUCAGCAGCCAUCAUUGCAACAGCAAUGCAGUCUUUAUAAAUAAGUUAAUGUGGUCCCCGUUUUAGUCUGUGGAGCUGAGCUGCACAGCCUUACUCAGGGAUAUGGAAGAUGUCUCUCUGUCUUUCUCUCUGAACAUGCCAGCUUCUGGUUACCUUAUUACAAUCACCGAUCGCUUGUUUUCCUUCGACUGUGAAGGAAAAUAAGCAAGGUGUUAAGCAGCCGGUCCGUGUUGUUAGAUUGGCACCCUCAAGCCUGAGGUCCUGCACCUGUUUCUCAUCUGUCAGAAGUUUCCUCUGGGUUCAGAUGCCUUUCCACCUCCUUGAUAAUGCCCUCAGCAUAGCUAAUAACUGUGUAACGUGAUAGUCUCGCCCCUUUAAUAAUGGAUAAGCUUUGUAUAAGUGUGAGAUUCCCGAUCCCUCCUCUGUUUAACUGUAUAUAAACAGUAUUGUGGUCUUCUGUGUUGGUUUUGUGAUAUUUUUUUGUGUAAAAGUUUUGCACAGAAGUGAGUGUGAUUUUGUCUGAGCAGAUGAGUGUGUCGAUUACACAGCGAAUGGCUCUCACAGUCCUCCUUUAAUACAUUCUUUAUUAAACAAUGGUAAUGCUUUUUACUUGAA